GAUAGAUCAGAUACAGUGAGUGACAAUGGCCGGCUGUUAAUGAUCAAUAAAGGCUCAGCUCUUGACACCUUUGAACAUAUCAUUUAAACUGACGUGCUGGAUAAACUCUAUCAGUAAGGACGCAAACAUGAAGGUCCUAAACAGAGACGAACUACAGAUCGCGGAAGGAGUUCUGCUAAAACACUUACCGAAGAGUUUUAAGGUAUACGGUUUCCUAUAUGGAAUUAACAGGAACAAGCCAAGUACAUUGGAGGUAGUUGUUGACACAUGGCCUGAUUUUAGGGUCAUCAUCUGCCGACCUGACCCCAAGAACAAGCGCGCUCUGGAGAUCCGGAAAAAAGUGACAUACUACACCAUGGAUGAACAGAUUUUAAGGAAAAUGCUGACAGAGGAGGAUGCAUUUGACUGGAGCACUUACUUCCUACUUGGAGGAUUUGACAUUUCCCACGCCCCCAUGCUCAAACAAGUGUCUUCUGACAGAAAUGUCAACAACAGAGGCUAUACUUUGGUGCAUCUUCUGUAUUUGCCAGACAGCAGCCAUCUGCUCACACCAGCAGUUGACAGCGAGCUUGAAUCAAGGAUUUCAUCUCUUAACCCUUCCCACGUUGAUUUGGUGAAUAACACCUGGAAGUUUGGAGGCAAUGAGCAGGGUUACAAAUAUAUUGAAACCAUCAUCAGCAACUUCCCGUCAUGCUGCAUCACUGACGGCCAGGGUCAGCCCGUGUCCUGGAUUCUGGUGUAUGAUUACUGUGCCAUGGGGAUUCUGUACACUCUGCCAGAGCACAGAGGGAAAGGCUAUGCCAAAGUUCUGGUCAGCAUCCUGGCCAAGAGACUCCACGCUCAAGGCUAUCCAGUGUACUGCUUCAUAGAGGAGGAGAACGUACUCUCCUACAGGCUCUUUAAAAACCUGGGCUUUAUUGAGGAUCCCUCAUACAGGGCGGCAUGGUAUGAGUUCAACUUUUGAUUUUGUAACCAUUGUGAUUUCUAACUAUUCUUUAAAUGGAUAGCUGACAUAUUAUCAGGCAAACAUAACUUGUAAAGUGUCCUGUGUGUAUUAUAGAAUCUUUCAUAGGCUCACCAUGUAUUGCAAAACAGCACGGACUGUUCUAAUGGAAAGAUAUGAAAAAGGUAUUCUGACACACAUAAUACAAUAAUAACGUCAACUUUUCAUAAUAGCCUACAGGUAUUUAGAGGAGAGAUCCAAAUGAAAAUAGGGUUUGUUGAUUCAUGCUUUGCUUUCUAUCAGAAUUUUCAGAUUAUGUUCAUACACAUACUGCAUUGGCAUUUUAUACACCCCAUUUUCAGUAAUGAUGGUUCCCCCAAAAUAAACAUAUUUUGUGUAAACAAUGUUGUAUUUUAUCUUUUUGAUGUCAAAGCUUCAGGUUCCCUGUGUAAAUUUAGUCCAGAUUCAACUAGUGUUUCCUUAAAUAUAAUAAAGGCUUCACCAUUAUGAAA